CGGGCGGCGAGCGUCACAGCCUUGCGCGCUCCCUCCACCUCCAGCCGCCGAAAGCGAAAGCAGGCCGGCUCGUCCCCGCCGCCCGGGCCAGGGCCGCGCGCACCCCAGCCGGGCACCCGGAGGCCGCGGGCGCCGGGGGUCCCGGGUCACCCCGCCGCUUCUGCGGGGCCGCGGUCGCCGCGCCUCCCUCUUUCGCGGUUAGAUCCCGCCGGGCCCGGCCCAGGAGCCGAGCGCAGCAUGGGCAGAUGCUGCUUCUACACGGCGGGGACACUGUCCCUGCUCCUGCUGGUGACCAGCGUCACGCUGCUUGUGGCUCGGGUCUUCCAGAAGGCCAUGGACCAGACGAUCGAGAAGACUAUGGUAUUAAGGAAUGGCACCCAGAUCUUUGACUCCUGGGAGAGGCCCCCUCUGCCUGUGUAUACCCAGUUCUAUUUCUUCAAUGUCACCAAUCCAGAGGAGAUCCUCCAAGGAGAGAAACCCCGGCUAGAAGAAGUGGGGCCGUACACCUACAGGGAACUCAGGAACAAGGCAAAUGUUCAAUUUGGAGAUAAUGGAACAACAAUAUCUGCUGUUAGCAAUAAGGCAUAUGUUUUUGAACGAAACCAAUCUGUUGGAGACCCCAAAAUUGACUUAAUUAGAACACUAAAUAUUCCUGUAUUGACUGUCAUAGAAUGGGCCCAGGCCCGCUUCCUCAGGGUGCUCAUUGAGGCCAUGCUGAAAGCCUAUCAGCAGAAGCUCUUUGUGACUCACACGGUUGACGAACUGCUCUGGGGCUACAAAGAUGAGAUCUUGUCUCUCAUCCAUACUUUCAGAUCUGAUAUCUCUCCCAAUUUUGGCCUGUUCUAUCAGAAAAAUGGAACUAAUGAUGGAGACUAUGUUUUUCUAACUGGAGAAGACAAUUACCUUAACUUCACAAAAAUUGUGGAGUGGAAUGGGAAAACGUCACUUGACUGGUGGACAACGGAUCAGUGCAAUAUGAUUAAUGGAACAGAUGGAGAUUCUUUUCACCCAUUAAUAGCUAAAGAUGAAGUCCUUUAUGUCUUCCCAUCUGACUUCUGCAGGUCAGUGUAUAUUAUAUUCAGUGACUUUGAGAGUGUGCAAGGACUGCCUGCCUUUCGGUAUAAGGUGCCUGCAGAAAUAUUAGCCAAUACCUCCGACAAUGCUGGCUUCUGUCUACCUGAAGGAAAUUGUCUGGGUUCAGGAGUGUUGAAUGUCAGCAUCUGUAAGAAUGGUGCACCCAUUAUCAUGUCCUUCCCACACUUUUACCAAGCAGAUGAGAAGUUCAUUUCUGCCAUAGAUGGCAUGCAUCCAAAUAAGGAAGAUCAUGAGACAUUUGUGGACAUUAAUCCUUUGACUGGAAUUAUCCUAAGAGCAGCCAAGAGGUUCCAAAUCAACAUUUAUGUCAAAAAAUUGGAUGACUUUAUUGAAACUGGAAACAUUAGAACCAUGGUUUUCCCAGUGAUGUAUCUCAAUGAGAGUGCUCUCAUUGAUAAGGAGACCGCAAGUCGACUAAAGUCUGUGAUUAACAUCACUUUGAUUGUCACCAACAUACCCUACAUCAUCAUGGCAUUGGGUGUGUUUUUUGGUUUGAUCUUCACAUGGCAAGCUUGCCGAGGACAGGGAUCCAUGGAUGAGGGAACGGCAGAUGAAAGAGCACCCCUCAUACGAACCUAACUGAACUUAACAUCACCUGAGCUUGGUGAAGUAUCGUGAGCUGUCCUGACCUGAACCACGAUAGGGAAAACCCCAUAUUCACACAGGCUUCUGACCUGUUAGGAAGAGGGAGAAGACGCAGUGCUGGCAAGUGAUGAGAUCAUUCUGGCCAGAGGAUAAAGAGUAGGCUGACAUGGCUAGCCAGUAUGCUUUAUAAAGUCAUGUGGUCUCUGAAAUUAUUUUCAUGUGUCUACCAAGUAUUUAAUAAACUCUUGUAUA